AUGAACAGCGAUAAACUUUUUGACAUAAUAUUUAGCAUGAAGUUCACCAUUAAGCAGAUGAACAAAAGUGCCAACGCGGCUGAGAAGGCGAGUGAUAAGGAGAAGCUCCUUGUAAAAAAGGCUCUUGAAAAAGGGAACCCCGAGGCCGCUCGCAUCUACGCGCAGAACGCCAUUCGAAAGAGGAAUGACUCCUUGAAUUAUCUCCGCCUUGCCUCCCGCAUCGACGCUGCCGUGUCACGAAUACAAACGGCGGAGAGUAUGCGGGCCGUUACCGCGUCGAUGAAGGGCAGCGUGCGCGGGAUGGCGAAGGUGAUGGAGUCGAUGGACCCGAUGAAGAUAGCCGAAGUGAUGGACGCGUUUGAGAAGCAGACAGGCACUCUAGACGUCAACCUUGGCACAAUGGACGCUGCUUUUGAGGGCACGCAGGCCGGGACCGUGCCUGUUGGCGAGGUAGACUCCCUCAUGGAACAGAUUGCGGCCGAAAACAACCUUGACAUUAGCUCAAAGAUGAGUGGAGUACCUCUGCACAGCCAGCUGCGCCCGGCGGUGGUGACAAACAAGGCUGAGGAGGAGGAUGAUGAAACCCGUGACAUCAUGGAGCGACUGGGCCGCCUGCGCGGUGGCGCCGUGUAA